ACUGUGGGCCAGCGCGUGCCGUGUCACGCCGGCGCUGCGUGCGUCUCGGCGCGAGCUGGAGGAAUUGCUGCGGCGUGUGGCGAGAGCGCGCGGCUGGAGCCGUCCGGCAUGUAGCGGGCUGAGCGGGUGUGCCUGGCAGUGCUGCGGGACUUCACCCCGGGGGAAGACCCUUACGCAGAAGUGCGCGCCCGUAGUGCUGUUACGGAGAGGCGCUCGCAGCGGAUACAUCCGCACCGGGCUGCGCUGGAUCACAAUGGCUGCUCGGCUGCCCGAUCUCGCCGGGAACGGGCGCAUCGCCUCCGGAUUACUGGUCAAUCUACUCGCGUCGAUAUGCAUCGUCUUCAUCAACAAAUGGAUUUACGUGCAUUACGGCUUCCCGAACAUGACGCUGACUUUGAUUCAUUUCGUUGUGACUUGGCUGGGGCUUUACGUGUGCCAGAAGAUGGACAUAUUCUCCCCGAAGAGUCUCAGACCGACCAAAAUCGUGCUGCUGGCACUAAGUUUUUGUGGCUUUGUCGUUUUCACCAAUCUCUCGCUGCAAAGCAAUACCAUAGGGACUUAUCAGCUUGCCAAAGCAAUGACCACACCGGUUAUAAUAGUCAUUCAGACGCUGUAUUAUAAGAAAACAUUUUCCUCAAAGAUAAAAAUGACGCUGAUCCCCAUCACACUAGGAGUGAUUUUGAACUCCUACUAUGAUGUGAAGUUUAACUUGCUGGGAAUGGUCUUUGCAGCGCUGGGGGUGCUGGUUACAUCCUUGUACCAAGUGUGGGUUGGAGUAAAGCAGCACGAGCUGCAGGUGAACUCCAUGCAGCUGCUGUACUACCAAGCCCCCAUGUCGUCCGCCUUCCUCCUCCUCCUGGUGCCUUUCUUCGAGCCCCCGUCUGGUGAAGGGGGUGUCUUCGGGCCUUGGUCUCUCUCUGCAAUGGUGAUGGUGCUGCUGUCGGGGGUGAUCGCCUUUCUGGUCAAUCUGUCCAUCUACUGGAUCAUCGGCAACACCUCACCUGUGACCUAUAACAUGUUUGGGCACUUCAAGUUCUGCAUCACCCUCCUGGGGGGUUACGUGCUCUUCCAGGACCCCCUGUCUCUGCAUCAGGGCCUGGGCAUUCUCUGUACCCUCCUGGGGAUUUUGGCCUACACUCAUUUCAAACUAGCUGAACAGGAGGAGGGCAAGAGCAGACUUGUUCAGAGGCCCUAAACCCCAAUGUCCCUCACCUUGGAACAGCUGCCGCUGGCUGCUACACGGAGACCCCAGAGAGCCAGUCCACCAGAGCCCUGGGCCCUGGCAAGUGAGGAGGGCCUGCCACAGGAGAGUCCGGAAGCGGGGUACUUAUGCAGUGGACGACAGGAUCUUAAGUGAGAUUUUGUUCGUGAUAGUCCUACAGCCGAGUGAUUUGUAGUAUUGCCUACUGAAAACGAGCUGAUAAUCAGAAAUUGCCUGAUACUUUUGUACCACAUGGUCAAAAAUGGAGAAUCUCAUCCUGAAUAUUUCCUCUCAUGGCAUUAAAAAUGUCAGGUUGGUUUCUCUGCCGUUAUUUAAAUAUAGCAUAAAGCAUUUUAGUAUGUUGUGUUCUUCAAUAAAUAUAUUUUGUUCAA